AUGUUGCUAGCCGACCUUCCCAUCUCAGUUUCAUCCUCUUCCGGGUACUGGAGUUUUUUCACGGCGACCACAAAGCUCACGCGAUACUGCUGUCCCUGUGACCCGGGUGAGGCCGGCUUGAAGAUUCGCAGGGAAACGAAGGACCAGCUUCAAAAGAGAGACAACACCCUUCACAAAUAUUACGGGCGAGACCUUGAGAAUGACUGGGCCGACAUCUUCCUUGAGUGA